AUGAGUGCCUUCGGUAACAGUGGUGGAGGUUCUUUCAGCUUCGGCAACAAUUCAUCGUCUGCAUUUGGAGCGGCUGCCAACGCUGGCUCUAACAAUACUGGUGGAAGCUCGGCCUUUUCUUUUGGGGCCAAUCAGAAUGCAUCCACACCAUUUGGUGGAGCUGCAACGAACAACUCGGCAAACAAUGGUGGUGCUAACAACACUGCGUCCCCAUUCGGAAUGAACGCAAACCAGAAUAAGCCAUUGUUUGGUGGAGCAACAGCUGGCCAGUCUAGUAGCCCAUUUGGUGCAGCAAGCAACAAUACUGGUGCAACCCCAGGACAGACAAAUAACACAAGUGCUUCACAAGGCCUAUUUGGAAGUAACUCGAACAACGUCUCACAGAAACCUGCCUUUGGAUUUGGCGCAUCAAACACACAAGCUACACCCAGUUUCGGUGGCUUCGGCUCAGCACAAAAUGGUAGUUCAAAUAAUACUACUGGUGCUAGUGCUUUUGGGGCUGCUACUUCAAAUACACAAAACACAACACCAGCAGCUACUAACACGGGGAGUGCAAUCGGAUCAACACCAGCAUUCGGUUUCAAUAGUGCCAACAAUAAUAACAACAACGCACAAAAUAAUAAGCCAGCCUUCUCCUUUGGAUCAACACAACCACAAUCCAAUAAUACGCUAGGCACAGCAGCAGGUACAAACUCCAACCCAGGCAGCUCAGGCAAACCUGCAUUCUCCUUUGGCGCUUCCAAUACAACCAGUACUACCGGAACAGCAGGUGCGGUCGGUAAUACCUCUAAUACUCCUGUACCUCCCUCAGGAAGCACUCCAAAACCAGCAUUUGGAACUAGUGCAUCUACUACACCAGCUCCAGGCGCUGGCUCUUUUUCAUUCGGUUCUUCAAUUGGCACAGAUGCUAACAAAACAGAUGCAGCAAAGCCAUCUCUGUUUGGCGGCUUGAACAAACCUGCGGAUGCUGCAUCGAAACCAACCCUUUCAUUUGGUAGCACUGCUCCUUCAUCAAAUACUACAAAUGACAAACCUGCUAGUGACGCAAAACCUGCCUUUUCUUUUGGCAAUAGUAGCACCACAAAUAACGGCCCUUCUCUAUUUUCACAAGCAAAACCAGCUGAUGAAGAAAAAAAGACAACCCCAGCUUUGAACUUUGGAUCAGCUAGCCAGUCAGGUGAAAAGACAGAAGAAAAGAAACCUGCUUUUUCCUUUGGUGCUGCAGCAACAGGCUCGACAACUCAAUCUAAACCAUCACUGUCUUUUGGAAGUACAACAAAAGAAGAAAACAAAUCCAGCUCUACACCAGCUUUCUCUUUUGGUUCCAAACCAGCAAAUGACGACAAGAAAGAUACUCCAGAAACUUCUAAUAAGCCAGAGGCAUCGAAGCCAAGCUUUUCUUUAAAUCUAAGUGCAGGUACCUCUGAAAAGAAGGAUGAAAAUUCAACUAAGCCUUUUUCAUUUGGAACCAAAACUGCUGAAAAAGAUGAAACGAAGACAGAUAAACCUGCCUUUUCUUUUGGAAAGACAACUACAGAUACUAACGAGUCCAAACCCGCCCUUUCGUUUGGAGGCAAGAAUGAGAACUCGGAUAAAAAAUCGACACUAACGUUUGGCUCUCAAUCGGAGAAGAAGGAAGAUUCAGGUGCUAAACCAGCUUUCUCCUUUGGAUCUAAAUCUGAUAAGAAAGAUGAACCUCCAAAGCCAGCAUUUUCUCUCGGUACUAAGACUGAUAAAACUGAAAUUUCUGAAAGUAAACCUGGUUUCUCCUUUGGCGCUAAAACAGACAAACCAUCAACUACUACAGACGUUAACAAAACUGAAACGCCGAAAGCUGGAUUUUCUUUGAAGUCGGAUAGUAAAGCGGAUGACAAAUCAAAAAACUUCAGUUUUGGCACAUCUAAGGAUGGCAAAAAUACUUCUGAGACCGACAAGACUGAAUCUGCAAAAUCAAAUUUAGGAACAGAGGCAUCUAGUCAACAGAAACUCGAGUCCAAACCAGUGGAAGUAAAACCUGUAUCACUUGAUAAUAAAACACUUGAUGACCUGGUGACCAAAUGGACAAACCAACUCUCAUCCGCUUCGAAGCACUUUGAUCAAUAUUCCAAGAGAAUUACGGAUUGGGAUCGUAUUCUUGUAGAUGGAGGGAAACAAAUUAGCCAACUAUACACUGAAGCAGUUAAUGCAGAACAAGCACAAAACAAAAUAGAUCAAUCUUUACAAUAUAUCGAAAGGCAGCAGGAAGAACUUGAGACAUUCCUGGAUAAUUAUGAAAGUAGAACAGAAGCACUUCUUUCUGAUAUUCUACCAUCUAAUUCGGGUGUGCCAGGCAAUAAUAAUGAUCAAAAACGUCUACAAGCUUACAAGACUGCCGAAUCAUUGGAUGAAAAUCUAAAUGCUCUUUCGGCUAACUUAAGCUCUUUAAUCGAUGAAGUAAAUGAUGUCAGCAACACAUUUAACAACGUAACUAGCAUAAACCUGAACAACAAAGACGAAAGUGCCCAGCUAAUCAAAUUGCUGAAUGUUCACCUAGAUGCUUUGAAGUCUUUGGAUAAUAACGCUCUUCUAUUGGAGAAUAAGAUCGAUUCAAUCCAAAAAUAA